UUGGCUUUAGCGUCUUCACGUCGCGUCUCCCGCGGCGGUCCGGGAGAGACCGGAGCUGCCGAUUUCGCGGUGGGGGCUGAUGCAGCUCAAGGAGCUCUUCUAUGUGGCCAACAUCAUAGAUUAUGGACGAAUCCUGGCGUUGUACUGGGCGGUUCGAUCUCCAGAUGGUCAAACCUUCGCCAUGUACUACUCCGUCAGCUAUCUCUUGGACUGCGUCGAUGGCUAUGCGGCCCGAGCACUGAACCAGGAGUCCAGGCUCGGCUACUAUUUAGAUAUGGUCAUCGAUCGAGUGUCCAGCUGCUUAUGUCUUCAUUUUGCCGCGCGAUCUGUGCUAGAUGGGAAUACAUGUUUCACCGGGACCACCGCAGAGAUCGUGGCCUUCGUGUUGCGGGCCCUCAUCCUUCUGGUGGAGCUCAUCGCGCACAGUUCGGUGAUGUUCCUCUCAGAAGUGUUGGGGGUGCAUCAGAAGCAGAUGGGAUAUGACUACGCCAUCGUGCGGAAGUAUCUCAGUGAUAAGAAAUACCUCUUCUGGUCUUGCCUCAGCUUCGAGCUCUUUGGCCUUAGCCUCAUCGUCGACAGCGGGCCCAUUGCUGUGCUGGUGAUGCUGCUGAGCUUGCCGGGCUUCGUCUUCCGCGCGGCGGCCAACAUUUGUCGGCUGAUCGCCAUUGUCACCAAGAAGGAGCUCACGAAGUGGACCAGCAAAGAGGAAGCUCAGAACAUCGCUGGUAGAGAGAAGGUGCGCCGUGGCUCCUCGGACCGACUGGGGAUCCACCGGGCGGCCUCGCCGCCGAGCGCGCAGUUCCGGCGGCAGCGCAGCUCCAGUUCGCAGCAGAGCCGGAGCGAUUCCCAGUGAGCGCCGACCUCGAAGUCUGGACGGAAAAAAAGGGGGGCGAGUCGCGCGUCGCGGGCGUUUGGUGGACAGGGAUCCUCCAUGGUGACUUGGCCUUCGUGUGUUCAGGCCGUCGGAGGCAGUGGAUCCUGAAGGUCGAGCCGUGGAGCGCGCGCC